AUGGCAGCUAACUUACCCAAAGCAACUUCUCGACUGUCACAACAUUCCAUAUAUGGACCUCGACAUCUGCAAUUUCGACAAGUACUUGGCAAGUUCAUUGAUAAAAGUAUCAAUCCAUACGUCGAUGAAUGGGAAGCACAGAAACAUUUCCCAGCACAUACUUUAUUCAAAAAAUUAGGAUCACUUGGGAUCUUCGGUGUUAAUAAACCCACUGAUUACGGUGGUCUUGGCCUGGACUUCAGUUAUUCGAUAGCUGUAGCCGAAGAAUUAGGCCGAAUUAAUUGUGCGGCGAUUCCGAUGGCUAUAGCUGUUCAGUCAGAUAUGGCUACGCCAGCGCUCUCUAUGUAUGGAAGCGAUUAUUUGAAGCGUGAAUUUCUCGGAGCUACUUUGGAAGGUGAUCUGGUGGCAUGUUUAGGUAUAUCGGAAGCUUCUGCUGGUAGUGAUGUUGCUGCAAUUCAAACAACAGCUCGCUGGCAUGGAAGUGAUUUGAUCAUUAAUGGUAGUAAGCAAUGGAUAACAAAUGGUACACAAGCAGAUUGGAUUUGCUUGCUAGCAAAUACAAAUGAUAAUCCAUCACCACAUCGAAAUAAGAGCCUUAUAUGUGUGCCAUUAAAUGAGCCAGGUGUACAUCGAUCCAAUCGCAUUGAAAAGCUUGGCAUGCAUAGUUCCGAUACUGCUGAAAUUUAUCUCGAUAAUGUUCGUGUACCAAGCCGAAAUAUAAUUGGCGAAGAAGGAAAUGGUUUUGUCUAUCAGAUGCUGCAAUUUCAGGAUGAACGACUUGUCGCUAUUGCUGUGCUACUUGAACCGAUGCAAAAAAUUAUUGAUAUGACAAUUGCUUAUACGCGACAGAGACGCGUUUUUAACAAAAGUGUCUUGGAAAAUCAGACUGUGCAUUAUCGGUUGGCUGAACUACAAACAGAGAUUGAAGCAGUUCGAUCAUUAUUAUAUCGAACUGUUAUGGAACGGCUGCUUGGAAAAGAUGUUACAAUGCUGGCCAGCAUGGGAAAAUUAAAAGCUUCGCGUCUGGCGAGAGCAGUGACCGAUUCUUGCAUACAAUUUUGGGGUGGUAAUGGCUAUGAGUGGAACAGUUUAAUCAGUCGCUAUCAUCGAGAUUUUCGAUUAUUCUCAAUUGCCGGUGGUUGUGAUGAAGUGAUGCUUAAAAUUAUUUCAAAACGGAUGAAUAUGAUAAAAUAA